AUGGACCUAAACAACGUCAACCCAGAGGUAUCCAAAAACCCCGACAUGUAUUUCCGUCUCCUCUCAUCCUCCUCAGGACCUCGACUGGGCCGUCUUGCGCUUAAUAAAGUCACUAUCGACACGCCUUCGUUCAUAGCCCCUGCCUCUCGCGGCGCAGUACCUCACCUCUCUCAUGACAACCUUAGAGAUCAUACAGAUAUCAAAGGGAUAUAUGUCGCCCUCGAAGAUUUUGUCGAAAAGUACCCUCCUAAUGUCCCAAUCUACAAUCAAGCCGCAGGAAGCCUCCGAAACUUCACAUCCACACCUUCAAAGACCCUUCUUAUUCUCUCUGGCCGACGUGUGCCCCCUGUCACCACCGCCGCCUCGAACACAGAUCAUUCCCUGGCAAUCCUGACCAGCGUUGGCUUCCGCAUGCUCCCAAUCGACGAUUAUGUUUCUGCCGUCUCCCGCCUGCGACCGGACAUCGUCCUCGGCCUCCCAGACAUUCCCUCCAGCGCCCCCGGCAAACACCGCGGGCCGAAGAUGGUAUUCCGGACGGACAUGUGGCUUCAACAGCUUCUGAAUAAGACAACAGUAACAGCUGAUUACACCCCCCGUAUCUUUGCGCCUCUGUUACCACUCGACUUCGAACAGCAGUCGUAUUAUAUUGACACUCUCAUGGAUAAGAUAGAUAAGCUGUCCGGCCUCGCACUGUACGAUAGCGCCCUUGCGGCCGAGCUCCCAGAGGAGUUAGAAAAACUCCCGCGGAUGAGUGUGGAUGACGCUGAAACCCCGCAUAAAGUCCUGCAGCAGGUGCGCUGGGGUAUUGACCUCUUCAAUCUGGGUUUCAUCACAACCGCUACCGAUGCCGGAAUUGCGCUGGAUUUCGAGUUCCCAAGGCCCACAGCGGCGGGCGAAGAAAUACGACCAUUGGGCGUAGACCUGUGGGGCAAGGAACAUGCCGCAGACCUUGAACCUCUAGGGCAGGGCUGUAACUGCUAUGCAUGUAGAAGGCAUCACAAGGCGUAUGUGCAGCAUCUUUUGGUUGCGAAGGAGAUGACGGCUUGGGUAUUGCUACAGAUACAUAAUACGAAGGUUAUUGACCGGUUCUUUGCGGCUGUCCGGGGAAGUAUUGAGCGUGGAAGCUUUGAAGAGGAUGUGGCGAUCUUUGGGAGGUUCUAUGAGAGUGAAAUGCCGGAAAGGAAGGGGCAGGGUCCUAGAUUGCGAGGAUAUCAGUUCAAGAGCCAAGGUGGAACGGGAAAGAAGAAUCCAAAAAGCUUCACUAAGCUGGGCGCCGCAGGUGUGCCAGCGGGUGAUAUGAGGGAAGAGCUAGAUGAGGCCGUGGAGAGCGGAGUGAAAGAGGCGGGGAAUGAGCUAGAGGGCGGAUUUGCGGAAAGGUUGAGCUAG